CCUGUAACUACUCGCGUCGUUGUUUUCUGGAUUGUAAUAUGCAAGAAAUCUGCAACCACAGCAGGAGGACUCUUAUCACUGGUUUUUUUGCUCUCAUCCCUCAUUCUUGUGUUUUUGGGUAUUGUCUUUUCCGACUGAUUGAAAUACGCAAGGAGCUUGCUUUUCUGUCUUUUACGGAUGUUUGAGAACACCAAGUCCAAGCAACAGAAAGCCUUGACCUCUUCCAUGAAGGUUUGCAAUUUGAUGUUGUAUCUCCAAUGGGUUUGAUGUUCUUGUUUACUGUCUUUUUUUGGAUUGACUUCCAGGUUUACUUUCUUUGAAUUAGCCUCCAUGUCGAACUCGGAUGCGCGGAAGCAAGUGGCUCGCAACUGAACGAAGAGUCGAGAGGACAUUGCGGAGCCGCUCUCCUUAGUCAGUUGGCCUCGCUAGAGAACACGGAGUGGAACAGUACAACCUUCGCGCGCUCUGCAGAAGAAAAAGAAUCGCUAUUGAUUCUUCUUUCUAAGAAGCCCUUCGUUUUCGGCGAACCAACGGUAACUGAAACGCGUCGCAAAAGGAAUCAAUCGAGAUCACUGCAUCGAGAUCCUCGAGACUUGAAGAAUUGCCGGCGUGGCAAUAGGGGUUUUCCUGUGGCGAGUCUUCGGCGACAAAAAGGACGAGCAAAGAGCCACUACCGCCCAUCUUCUCUUUGUAGUCACGCUUCUCCAUUUAGUAGCGCAAAAAUAUUGAGAGGGCAAUCGAAGUUGUGCUGCGCUAGGAAGUCUUCAACGGCAAAGACGCACAGCGGAACCAUUUCGCGUUUAGCUGGAGCCUCCUUUUUUUCACCUAGUAGUGCCGUGGCUUUCAGUAGUAGCUGUAGUCGCGCAAUAUCAAGGAACCACCGGUCGAAGGUGUCCUGUAGGAGGUCUUCAACUCGGCAAAGACGAGCAUUGGCGUCGUGCUCAACGUCCGUAGUUGCAGUGUCUGCCCAUCUAGUAGUAAUACAGGAAUAGCUAUAGCCCGGCGUCGGCAAUCGAAGUGCCUCUGGAAUUUUCAAACAGCAAAGACGAGCAUUAGCGUCUUCCACCUAGUCGUAGCACUACCGGAGCUAGUAGUCGUAGUGUUGCAAUAUCCUUACCGAGCCGGAAGCUAAAGUCUGGUAGGGAACCGUCAACAUCAACGGCCGAAACCAGCGCUACCGGCAUUGAUCUUCUGGCUGUGGCAGUAGCGUCUCUACUUGUGCAUCUGGUGAAGUUUCUACAUCUAUUUGCGUCGCUGCAGCUAGUAGUGCAAUCGCGAAGCGGCAAUCGCAGGCUGGCAGGAGGAAGCCUCCAAGACCCAAAAUCAGAAUUGGCAUUUUCCAUUUCGCAUACUCUCCAUCUGAUCUGCAGCCACGAGCGCACUCCUAUCCAGAAGCACAAGAUUGGAGAGUCGUGAACGGCAAAAACUAUCUUCCAGAAAGUCUUCAACGGCAAGAACGAGCGUCGCCACUUUCCACCUAGAAGCUGUAGUAUCUCUCCAUCUGCUCCUGGCUUUUCUACAGGUAAACUUACCUUAGUAGCUCGAGGAGCUAGUGCUAGAAGCGUCACUUCGUGUCCAUCUAGUAGCACCUUAUCGAGGCGGCAAUCAAAGAUCCCUAGGAAGUAUUCAACGGCAAAAGCGAGCACUUCGACCCUCGAUCUCGUUGCAGUCUCUUGCCAUUUGGUGGCUUGUCUACAUUUACUAGCAUUUUUCGAUCCAAUACCGUCACGAUGGGGCUGAGGGUAAUUGAUGUUCAUCUACCAUGGUCUAUUCCGGUCUUCCUGACGGCAGUUCCUCUAGUGGGGGCAAGAAUGGAAGAACCAGUGCACGAUUACGAUUUGCAGAUGAGCCGCAUACCACCUGACUACCUUCUUCAGUAUACCGAUGAAGCUGAUUAUUUUGGUGAUGAUCAGGAGGGGUUACAUCAUCAAGAGCCAAAGCGCAUCUACCAACUGCCAAAUGCAACCGCGUUUGACGAUCCCUGUGUCGCACUUCCAUCCGCGUCCUCUAGUUUCGUUGAUUCGAGUUUUCUCUUGGUUGGUGAUCAAGAUGAAGAACCAGAUGCAGCGGAGCUGUUUUUGGAUCCCCAAUCUCGUUUAGAUUGGCUUCAUCGGAUCAUACGUCUUCCCACUGAGUCAGGGCUCGCAAAGGAGCUGCAGCGCGCUCGUAGAGCAUCGAUGAUUUUCAAUAACUACAACUUCGCUGCGAUCGAUGCUGCAAGUGAGGAUUCCUUGAGGCAGGGCGGCCGGAUGCUGCUGAAGCAGAUGGGCGGUCCCGAUUCCAUCAUAGCCGGCCAAAUCCUACAAGGCGUAAAAAAGAAGAUGGCGCCUGGCGAGCUUUUGUCGUCGAAACUAGGUCAUCUGAAAAGCGCUUGGGAAAGCUAUGACAAGCAUCUGGAGGAGAGGAUUGAUGAGGUUAUUGAAGUGAGUGCGCGUUCUGAACAACAAGAUGAAGCGUCGAUACUUUUGGAUACGGGCAAACCCUUACAGGAUUUUCCACGCCGUCUUGAAAUUUUUAAAGAUUCCGCCGAAUGCAGGGCCGUAAUAGUUCGUCUGGUGCCAGUGAGCGAUGAAAAUAAACUGAACAAUGGAAAAGCAGAAAGCCAUAGUGCGUGCACCAGAGACGGCCUCUUGCUUGGUCUUGGAACAUCUCUCGUAGAAGAGCUGCGGCGCGCUCGUAAGGCAUCGGUCAUUUUCAAUGACUACUUGGAGCAAGCAGAAGAUCCAUCAGAAUCAGGCGUCCGGGUGGUGAGCCUGAGGACUGGCGGUGGCGCAAAGAUUGAUAGGAACGCCAAUAAACACUUGGCGUCGCAAAUCAUGGGGAUGAUCAACAACAUCAACAACGGGGGGAGCGAUGUAGCUUCACAGCUGACACUAAAGCAACUUAGUGAAGCUUGGGAAGGGCACCACAAAGCAGUCGAUGCUGUGCCUCGAAACGAGGGGGACCUAAAUGAAUUUUGUUCGCCCAGGCUCAACACAAACAGAAAUGACGAUGACCUCGAGGCGCUGAAAAAGGACCACUUCCACUGCGGCACAGCGUGGAGACUGCUGGCUUCCAGUAGCCGCGCGAAGACAUUCUUCGCCAACAACGUUCCUGGCGGGAGUUUUGCAGGGGGUGUUUUUCGCCGGAGUUUUGCAGGAGAGCUGCAGGUCGCCAGCAAAGCGCCCAACAUCUUCGCUAUGCUCAAGCCGAAGGGAGGAACGACUGCGAUCGAGACCACAUCCAGGUGGAAACCACCAUGGGUGUGGUGGCGGCUGCGGAAUGAAGACGUCUACCCUUUCGAGUGGAAAACCAUUGUAGAAGUCAAGAAUCAGCUAAACGACUACGGUGCCUUCAAUCCGAAGAAGGAAUUGGGAGAACUACAACAGGCGUGGAAAUUCUACGGCCGUGCCCUCAAGGCGUAUAUUGUAACACACCCAACCGCCGCGGGGUAUCACAACUGCGUCGAAGGCGAAGACUGCCGACAACGCAAUCACGUCCCUUCCUCCGCAAACGCCGUGUUUACCCAAUCAAACAUUGAGCUCGCGGAGAGGCUUGCGGCGGAUGCACUCUCCCUGCUACCUGAGGUCAAGAAGCGCACAGGCCGUCGUAGUAGUGCUUUAGGGGAUCUGGAAGCGCAACUCGAACAAGAACUGAAGAGAAGUGCGACCGAAUCGGGAAGGACAGGCGAGGUCGAGGCAGAAGCAGGAAAAGUAGACGCAAAAAGGGAGGAGCUAAUACAGCACUGGAGAGAAUAUCAAAAAACCCUCGCGACUGUUGAAAAGGUGGAGAGAGAAACCGCACGUAAACAGGAGGGGAUGUCGGAAAACCACCUAGGUACGCUGGGUUGGGGGUGAACUCUGUCUGGACUCGUUCCACUUUCAUGGGUGCCAAUCGUAUCUUGUGCCAAUUUUUUUCUUAUUCUUGCAGCAGUCUACUAUAAGAUUUUUCCGUGAUUGCGCGCCAUAAGUAUUGUGUCCGUACAGAUCUAGACUCCCAAGAGGGUAAGAGGAUAUCCAUAGGGUGUCUGCUCGGUGUGUGCGAAAUGCGCUUUCAUGUUGUCAUUCGUACGUCUGAAUCCAUAUUUUUUGGUUUGGCUAAGGAGUGGCACGCGAUUGUGCUUGGGGGAGGGGUGAAAGGCUGCAAGGCGUACUUAGAAGCUUUGAAAAUGUUCAAAGCACCUCUCUCAGAUAUUGAGAUGAUGUGGAGGAGAUGAGUUAACAAAUGAUGAUAUUGGUCGCUAUACGAGUAAGUUUUGAUCAUAGUACAUAUUGAUUCCCUAAGGUUGCUGAGUCGCUCUUUUCUGAUCUUUCAGAUCAGGUGCAGGCUUUCGCAUUGGGAGAGUUUCUCUUCAAUGUGCCCCACCGACGGAAAACCAAUUCUGUCCUUCAAUUGUGUGCGUGUAUUGAUCAUUGGUCGACUAAGUGGACAGCUGUCCUCCUGGGGGCUAGAAAGGCUAGUACUUAUGACUAGUGCUGUACCGUAUCCUCGCUAGUACUUAUGACUAGUACUUAUAAUGACUGGUACUUAUGACUAGUGCUGGAUCCGUAUCCUCCUUUUCUUUGGCUCUUACAUAAUUGGAUGUCCCAGGACAUCAGUUGCAAAUGAUUUACUGAGGAGAAGUCGAGGAUAGGGACUGAAAGCUGUCGCUAACUUCUUCCCAAAUGAUUCUGGAGGAUAGGGAAGAAGUUAGCGACAGCUUUCGCGACAGCUUUCAGCCUACUAAGCUUUCUAUGGUAGGCGGGCUGGGGGGUGGGAAUCCAUUUCCAUUUGCAUUCCGCUGUGCGAUGGGGAUCGAUCUUGCCCUGGGUCAUUCGGUGUGGUGAAAAUUCAAUUAUGUCACUUAGACUUCUUUGGGCUUUCUAUGCUGAGGAUAUGCUCACCCAGAGUUCAAGAUGUUGACUCUGCAUUAGCAAAAGGGUGUCCUCAUUGUCGAGAUGCUGCGACUCCCUGGGACUUUACGCUACAGCCGAAAAGUCGCCCUGUGUGGCAACGAGACGGAGGUGUCCUAUGAUAUCCAUUUGUACACCCUUAUGCUACUUUAAGAAUCAAUCUGUACACGCUUACUUAUCGUUUUCGUUAUGUCAUCUACUUGCGCACUUUUUCAUUUCUAAUAUCAUUGAGACAAAGAACAAAAAAGUAGUCCUUGCUUCAGCAGGAAAAAGCAAAAAGAUUUCGGCAUAUAUUGAAUUUGAAUUUGCAUCAGCAACAUAUCAUGAGUCGCACCUUGUAGAUAACAAUAGCAAAACCUACUAAUUUUCGAAGAAAAUCACGAAAAAACGAAGAUCCUUCAUCUUCUAUGUAAAUAGGCUUUCCAAUGAUCAAGAUUUAGGGAUUUAUUUUUUAUUUUAUGUAUGAAUAUAAUUCAAAUUCACUUCAAGUAGCCUUCUCAAUAGAAUUCUUCAAGUAGAUUUUUGAAAGAUGGUUGAUAGCUAGUCGCAUCGUGCUAGAUGACUUUGAAAGUCCCACAAGUCAAGCUGUGCCUUGUGACAUAUUUAGAAGAUGGGGCAUUAUCAUAGGUCUUCAUGUUCAUCGUUGUGCAUGGAAGAAGUGCCUUUGCUUCCUCUGCUUGUCCUUGGACUGCCUCAGGGACUGUUUCAUCUUGCCAGUGAUUGAGGAUAGCCCCUUGAGAUGCACACGUGGCACGUUGUCCUUGUCAUGUGCGACCAACUGCUGCAGCCUGGCCAGCCCAUGUGCAACCACCUGCUGCCGCCUGGAUCGAACAGCACCUAUUUUUGUUCUUAUGUGCUGGAAAGAGUGGGGGGUGAGAGCACUCAGCUGAGGACGAUAAAAGGUGGGUUGUAGCAGGAGUUUGUCUUUACUGGAGUAAGAGUAGUUGCAUACUUAUUCGCUUGAGCAAUUAACAAAAGGGGUGACUAUCGGGGUGCCUCCUCAUAAUAUGGACGCCCGAGCUUCAGCAAUGGCGUCGGUGAUAUAUCAGCGAAACUGUAACUAUUCAGCUACAGCUAGCGCGCCCACCCAACUUCUGCGUAUUGACUAAGGAUGGCUGGGCUGAGAGCUUUUGAGUCAUGUUGCAAGCGGAAAAAUGAUUUGAGUCACUUCUUGUUGCUGCUAUGCGUCAAUCAACUAUGUGUAUGUUUUUCCUUUCCGCCGGUGCAUAGGAUUAGAAAUGCAUAGGAAAGGCCUAGAUGGGGAGGUAGUAAACUAGAUUUUGGAGGAGCAGGCAAUGUGGGUUGGAGACUGACUAUUUGCGUAGGCAGUCGUAGUUUAUUUCAUUUUCAAUUCGAACAAAAGAAUGAAUCAGAACAAAGACUAGUGUGAAGUUGUCGAGGAUAAUAUAAAAGAUACAGCUAUUGUUCUUUGAAGAGCCAAUGUUACCCAAGGAUCCGAAGUAUUCAAUCUAAGUAAUGUGAAGUGCAAAAAAUGUCCUGCAAUGAGAGUUGCUUCUUGAAAAUGGUGAAGAACUACAUUCAUAACCAUUAAACUCAAUCGGUGCUGUAGGCACCGAUGUAGAAGAACUACAAGCGGCUCCACUGGAGUCUACUGGUAUUAUUCAUGAUAGCCCGUGAAAUGAAGAUUUUUCAAGAACGACGAAUAGAUAUAGAAUCAAUUGAAUUGAAUCAUUAUAAAUAUAUAAGACUAGUUGUAGUUCAAGCGAAAGCAAAGUAGGAGAGCAGACGCCUAGUAUACUGAGCCCAAAUUUCGGCAGACCGGGAUGGCUUACUAGAAUGUUCAUGUUGUUUUUGUUUUGGACAGAGGUCUGUCAAUGAGUGAUAUUUUUUUUGCUGACAUUUUGUCUUUGAUGACGUCCCAAUGAGUGAUUUACUUACAUUUAGCUAGCGUCUGUUUUCUUGCAAGGUGCUUCCAAAACUGGAAGACAGCUACACUUCUAUGGGAGAAGGCCAUACCUACUUGGCAUUAUAAAACUCAGAAGAAGACGAUGAAGAUGCAGCUGUAGGUGUGACUCCGAACCAGCCAACGCCAUCACUAAUUACUUAGAUAAAGCAGCAACGCUCUGGAGUCUGAACAGACGCGCAGGCAACCUCAAGCUCGUUCCUUGGGGCUGCCUGUCUUCCCCGGGACGAUGCGCUACAGCCGAGAAUUCAACCGGUGUGGCAACGAGACGGUGGCGUCCUAUGUUACCCAUUUGUACACGCUUGUUUUACGUUAAGAAUCUAUUUGUACACGCUUACUUAUUGUUAUGUUGUCUAUGUAGUACACAUUUUUUUAAGACAAAAUAGAUAGACCAAUCUUCAGCAGGAAAAUGAAAAGAGAUAUCGACAUAUAUUGAAUUUGCAUCAGCAACAUAAUAUGAAUCGCAGCUAAACCACCUUGCUAAUUUUCGAAAAAAAACAGGAAACAACGAAGAUCCUGCAUCUUCUAUGUAAAUAGGCUGUCCAAGAGAAAUUUAGGGAUUUUUUUAUUUUGGGAUGAUUCAUUUACAUUUACAUUUCGACAUUGUUCAAGGAGCCUUCAAUAGAAUUUUUCAAGUAGAUUUUUUAAAGAUGGUUGAUAACUAGUCGUAUCGUGCCAGAUGAAAUAAUUGAAAGAAUCAAGGCUGCGCGUGGGAUGAAGACGCAGCCAUUGAUCAACCAUCUUCAACAGCUGAAGCCGCCACAAGUCAAGCUUUGCCUUGUGACAUAUUUAGAAGAUGGAUUAUUAUAGAUCUUUGUGCAUGGAAGAAGUAUCUCUGUUGUCCUUGUCAUGUACGACCAACUGCCGCCUGGCCAGCCCAUGUGCGACUAACUGCUGCAUCCUGGCUCACCCAUAUUUAUAAUAUGAGUAUGAGUCUGAACCUGAGAUCUCUUAUCGUAUUCGUGCUAGACUCUCCUCCAUUCAUUCUAUCAUCGUGUGCUGGAAAGAGUGGGGGGUGAGACCACUCAGCUGAGGACGAUAAAAAAUGGGUUGUAGCAGGAUUUUAGCCUUACUGGAGUAAGAUUAGCUGCAUAUUUAUCUGCUUGAGCAAUGAACAGAAGGGCGACUAUUAGGGUGCCCACUCAUAUGGACGUCCGAGCUUCAGCAAUGGCGUCGGUGAUAUAUCAGCGAAACUGUAAGAACUAUUCAGCUCCAGCUAGCGCGCCCAUUCCAUUAUCCAACUCCUGGGUAUUGGAUGAUGCCGAGGACAAAACGAAAGGGAGGGCGAAACUAUGUCACAUAUGAAGAUCAAAGCACUGCACGGCAAUGCCUGUCGUCAUCUUUUCUAGUACGGCUAGGAGUAGCCUCUUAAACUUAGAUGAGACAAUUGCGCGACAUGCAUGCCUCCAGUAUCGAGGAGAUUUAGAAGAUCUAUAAACAUCAACUUUAAAUGUUGAGAGUUGUUCUCUGGCACGAAAUAAGUCUAGUUAGAACCUAGAAGAAGGCACUUGUAUAAAUAUGACAUUCAUAGAGUUAGAAACAAAGCAAAACAUGAACACUUAUGACGAAGAGACCACAAGUAUGCAGCAUUCGUUCUCGAGUAGGCCGUAAAAAGAUAAUACACUUGCAAAUAGUACAUUUCGUGUACUGUUAUUGAU